UUAUUUCCUUUUCCCCAUUUAUCUUCCAUAUCUGUCAAGAACCUCCUCACUCUCUUUUGUACUAAUGGCUUCUAUGCUCUCCUUCUCUCCAUAAGAGAAGCUUUCUCCUCCCAGCAAAAAUCUCCACAUCAUGUUUUCCAAUUUUACCCCUCCUUUCCUUCUCUAUUUCCCAAUCCACUCCUCUCUCUCUCAACGUACUUCUCUCAUCGGCGCCAACCAUACCUCUGCCCGCUUCUGCUCUCGCUAAUCUCUUUUCUUUUGUUCCGUUCCUUACCCUCUCACAUCACAGAAUUCUUUUUUUUUUUUCUUUUCCAAUUUUCAGAACACAAUUUUUUCAUAGGUGUGUAUACAGUGACAGACAGUAUGAUGGAGCCAACCACAGGAAAACCUAGCUUUCUUCGGAACGUGAUGACACGUGUUCUAUUAUUCGGCGUUUUAAUAAUCAUCGUUCGAUUUGCUUACAUCGUCACAAUCGCCGGCGAAACAUGUAAUCUCGGUGACUUUUGCUUUUUCUCUUUACCAGAUAAUUUCAAUUUCGUUAUCACCGGAGCAGCCAGUAACGAUGUCGCAUCAAGGGCUAUUAAACCAGCAGGUCCCACCGGGGAUGAUCUCUACACAAGCAAAGAUUGGAUCAAAGCCAUUAAUUUCUAUUCCUCAGUGUUUCAAGAUCUGAUCACAGAUGGUUACCUGUCGCCGAACUCUAAAUCUUUAUGCGUGGAAACGCCGCUUGGACAGGAUGUGUAUGCGUUGAAAGAGAUUGGAGUCAAGGACGCGAUUGGAAUUUCUAAAAAGGCUUUUAAACCGCUGGUAAUUUCUAGUAAAACGAGCCGUCUUCCGUUUGAUGAUGAAAGUUUUGACUUUGUUUUCUCUGGUCAAGGUGGUUUUGAUAAAUCAUUACGGCCGUUGGAUCUGGCAUCGGAGAUGAUACGGACGUUGAAACCCGAAGGGUUUGUUGUGGUACAUGUUAGGGCAAAAGAUAGGUAUAGUUUUAAUUCAUUUCUUGAAUUGUUUAAUUCUUGCCAAUUGAUUAAAUCGCGCAAUAUAGAUGGGUUCGAUUCCUCUAUGCUUUACAUUAGAGAAAUUGUUCUUCAAAAGCAUCACGUUGGGGAGAGAAUGUCUGAGGGUAAUUUGGGAAACAAGUGCUCUGUCCCGGAGCAUAAACGGGAAUUGGUUCGUAAUGCGGAGGUAUUGAUUAAGGAGGAGCCGUUAAAGCCGUGGCUUACGUUGAAAAGGAAUAUACAGAAUGUCAAGUAUCUGCCAUCAAUGGCUGAUAUUAGUUUUAAGAAUCGGUAUGUUUAUGUUGAUGUUGGAGCUAGAAGUUAUGGCUCUAGUAUAGGAAGUUGGUUUAAGAAACAGUACCCGAAACAAAAUAGAACUUUUGAUGUCUAUGCAAUUGAAGCUGAUAAAGCUUUUCAUCAAGAGUAUAAAUUUAAAAAAGGGGUUAUGUUAUUGCCGUAUGCGGCUUGGGUUAGGAAUGAGUCGUUAACUUUUGAAAUUAAUCAUGACCCCGGUAAGGAAGUUAAGGAUAGAGGGAGAGGGAUGGGGAGAAUUCAGCCAGUGACAUCUUCAUCCUCAUCGUCCGAGAGCGAUGGGAGUUUUGAUGGUGAAGUGGAUACAAUUCGGGGGUUUGAUUUUGCUGAGUGGCUGAAGAAUACGGUGACAGAAAAGGAUUUUGUUGUGAUGAAGAUGGAUGUUGAGGGGACUGAGUUUGAUUUGAUACCGAGGUUGUUUGAGACAGGUGCAAUUUGUUUGAUUGAUGAAAUCUUUCUUGAGUGCCAUUAUAAUAGGUGGCAAAGAUGUUGCCCUGGACAGAGAAGUUCUAAAUAUGAGAAGACUUAUGGUCAAUGCUUGGAUUUGUUUACUUCUUUGAGAGAAAGUGGAGUUCUUGUUCAUCAGUGGUGGUGAUUGGUGACAAUCCUAUACAUCUUUUGUAACAUUUUUUUAUAGUCUGUUUUAUUUUGGGUUAGGAGAAAGAGUAAAAGAUAGAUCCCUUCAGGCUUCCCCCUUCCAUAGUGAAAUUGUUUUAGGAUUCUUUUUUUUUUUUUCUUUUUUUUUGGAAUCUUGGCUGUAUUCAUAUUCCUGUUAUAAGAACUGUAAUUGCAAAUGAAAGUUUCAGUGUCUGUUUCUUCUUA